AUAUUUCCGUGUGACGGCGCGUGUUUCUGUAAAAUAAUAAAACCACAAUUUUAUUUUUCAAUAAUUUUAACAAUCUCUUCGUAUUAAUUAUAAUAAUAAUAAAUCUUUUAAAACACCCCAAUGGAUGACGAAGCGGAAACUUACAAAUUAUGGCGCAUUCGUAAAACAGUAAUGCAAUUAUGCCACGAUCGGGGUUAUUUGGUGACCCAAGAAGAAUUGGACCAAACUCUGGAACAGUUUAAAGAACAAUUCGGUGAUAAACCAAGUGAAAAGAAACCAUCGCGAACGGAUUUAACUGUAUUGGUGGCGCAUAAUGAUGAUCCUACGGACCAGAUGUUUGUUUUCUUUCCUGAUGAUCCAAAAAUUGGAAUAAAAAUUAUAAAAAUGUAUUGUCAAAGGAUGCAAGAACAAAAUAUUCAUCGAGCGAUUAUCGUUGUUCAAACUGGAAUGACUCCUUCCGCUAAGCAAUCGUUAGUAGAUAUGGCUCCUAAGUAUAUUUUGGAACAAUUUUUAGAAUCCGAGUUGUUAAUUAACAUUACCGAACAUGAACUUGUACCAGAACACGUUGUUAUGACUCCGGAAGAAAAACAAGAACUACUUGCUAGAUAUAAAUUAAAAGAAAACAUGUUAAUGAGAAUUCAAGCAGGUGACCCCGUUGCAAGAUAUUUUGGAUUAAAACGAGGACAGGUGGUUAAGAUCAUAAGACCAUCAGAGACAGCCGGACGUUACAUUUCCUAUAGACUGGUAUGUUGAAAAAGCAUCGAAACGAAGAAGGACGGCGGCCGUGGUGGUAGUGGCGUAAAAAGGACAACAUGAAACUACGGGCCAGUGCGGGUUGCCCUAACGGCACUUCUUGUGGGAAACGCAGAAGGAAGAAGGAAAAACGGUCCGCGACGAACGGUCCGGGUUGUUUUGCGUCGAACCCGACCACUCUGCAAUUCCAUUCUCCUUCUACCUACGCGCUUCCGAUAUUCUGUUCCUCCUAAUUUUUUUUUGUAUUUCUGUUCAAUUCCGUUCCCUUUAGGUCUCCGCCUGGUUUUGUUUGAUAGCAAAAAAUAGGUUCGAAUUUGUGGGUGUUAUUCUAAGGGUUAGAUUUCACAGUAUCGUUUUUUAUCCAUCGAUUUAUCAUAGAAAAUAAAGAUAGAGUAAGGUUACAUUAUUAUACGAUAUAAAAAUUGUAAUAAAAUUCUUUUUGUAAUUGGAAA